GCACUGACUGGCAGCACUGCUGGGCUGCACUGGUGGGUGGGCACAGGUGGGUGGCACUGGUGGGCACAGGUGGGUGGCACUGGUGGGUACAGGUGGGUGGGCACAGGUGGGUGGCACUGCUGGGCACAUGUAGGUGGCACUGCAGAGUGGCACAGGUGGGUGCACUGCUGGGCACAGGUGGGGGCACUGCUGGGCACAGGCGGGGGCACUGCUGGGAACGGGUGGGCGGGGCUAGUGGGCGCACUGCUGGGCGGAACUUGCGGGUGUCACUGCUGGGCACCG